AUGGCAAGCAAUCCAAAGCUUUCACUCUAUCUCUUAACAGUGGUGCUCGCUGUAUUGCAGAGUCCUGUUUCAACGCUGACAACCCGUAUGCAACUCAUAAGGAAGACCUAUUGCACCACAUGGGGAAGGAGUCUUGGCAUCAGGACCACCAUUCCUUGCGGUGUCUCAGAUCAAGCUGAAACUGAGGGCCUUGCCUUACCCGGUAUGGAUGAUGGAAUUCUCACCGAAAGAGAAGAUAUUAUUUUGACUGAUGAUGGUAUGGCUAGAGUCCAAGCCCUUCCUAACAGACCGUACAAAUAUGUGCUCACGGCCAGCUCUGCUGAUUAUAGUAAACAUGAGGAAGUCUUCGGGGGAAUUGCGAAGGUCCUCAGUGAAGGCGCCGUAGAUGGUAACACUAACUACGAGGCUCAGGGACAGGCCUUUAGAUAUGCCACCUAUCUUACUGAGUUCGGCUUCACUAAUCUUGGAAAAACCAACCUCGAUGGAACUCCGGCACGGGUACUCGUCGGCUACGCCGCCAACAUGCCAGGAGGUGAUACACUUGAUGGGUUCGCUAAGGAAGGAAUGGGGGCCGACUUCUUCACUGUGUACAUGGAUGGAAAUGUUGAUGGUAAAGUAUUGAAGAUGGAGGCCAGGAAUAGCUAUAUGGGUAACGAACUCUAUCAAGAAGUGUUGGUGACAGCUUACGGCGAGCUCAAGGGGGAUAUGAGCCUCAAGGAGGCUGUUGACGAGCUCCACGCCACUUAUGCGACUUCUGUUGAAUACAACAUGUCAGCACAGAACCCGUUCGUCAGCUCUGCAUUCCGUACUCACAGUACCGCGAUUGUGUCUGGGAAGUACUUGUCAGAAGCUGAGCGUCUAUUCUAUUCGGCUUAUGAAGGACGUUGGUCGGUACUGGACUGGAUGAAGAACGGUCGCGGCGCUCGAG